CUGAAUGCCCAAGUCAACCCCCUUCCCAUAGACUUUGCACAGGACCUGUCUAUUUCCAGGAGGCUAUGGGUUAAUCUUAGUGGAUCAUUGAUCAACAUUCAUUGCUUGAGCCAUGUGUCUCUAUUGUCCAAGUGCGGUCCAAUAAAGGAAAUCAUCCAUGAGGUGAGACAGAGACUUGAACAACUCCUAAAGGAAGUCACGUUAAUUAGUACACACUACUGACUCAAUUUCUCAUUAACCCUUUCCCCUCGCCCUUGCCUCCUGAUGGUCACAUGUGUGGAUAGGCAACAAAGAGUUAAAGGGUUAAGUAGUCUCAGAUGGCCUCUUUUUAACACAGGAUCGGUGAUCAAGAGGGCAUGAUCUUGGCGCGGUCCACAAAGGGACAAGUUAAGAGCCAGCCAAGAAUUCGAGGGAAAAAGGAAUCAAUGAUAUGCACAGGAAGGAGGAAGGAUAUAACUAGCUGGUUUGUCCCUGUGUAUAUACAUAUAGUCUGCUUAGUUUUGAGUAGCCAUACAAGUAUCAUUUUCUCACACUUGGCUUGUACGUUACGCCGCUCACGUGGGGGAAAAUCCAUGAAGUAGUAUCUCAUUGGGAUUGAAGCCGAUAGCCUAGCAUAUGCUGUGUUAUUUAUGACAAGGAAGGAAUGUUCUAUUUUUACAUGAAUUUUUACAGAUAGCAUUUAUGCAGGAGUACAUUGUGAGACGGAUAAAGGUGUAUGCCUAGGUUAAGUGGUUGAAUGUAUUUGCAGAUGCUGAAAGUGUGAUUUAUGCGACAUUUGAGGGCUAUUCCCCCUUGAUUGCUUCGCGAUUCCCCUCGUCUUAUUUUGGAUACACAUGCAUGUAUCGCAGGUGGAAUUUUUGGUUGAUAGUGCGUCACGCAAGCAGCAUAUAAGCUCCUGCAUCGGGACAGCUCAUCGCCAGUAAUUCCCCGAGAUUCUCAGGAAUAGGAGGGCUCUGUUGCCUUUGCCCCCUUCCUCUAGCUCGUGUGUGCGGAGCAUCCACCCCUCAUCCCCAAGUUCGUUCGCACGGUGUGAAACCUCAUAAAGAAAGGUGUUUACACUUGCACUUCGGCAUCCCGCGGAUUGAUGAGCCACUUGUAUCAUCAUUACUCAACCCUAACACAGAGAUCAGUGCAGUGCAGUCACUACUAAUCGUAUUAAUAAACUGUUGAAUUCUUUCAGGCGAUUGAUACCGCCAGGGCCUCCUGGGCCAGUAGACGGCAACGAUGACGACGUGUGACUAAGAUUUCUAUGGAUUAACGGUUCAUUAUACAUUUCUGCGAGCAAUUUCUGCUGCCUGCAUUGUCUGAUUGCAAGUUCUGUGGAUGGUGGUUGAGCGGGCACACGCCAGGCAAGUGUCUUGAUACGCGGUCCAUUAAAAAGGGGAAAGAAAUGCUAAUGGACAAAUGUGUCUGUAUAGUCAUCAGGAGCUGAGGCAGACACUGCAUAGAUUUCCAUCUAAUUAAAUCGCCUCCGACUGGAAUUCUUGCCUGGCAUAGAUGCAACUUUAGAGAAAUCCCCACUUGCUGGAGUGUUUCUUCCCUGUGAGGAGGAUAGGGAUUUUCCUGCGACGACGUCAAAGCCGACCGUCGUGUGGGUGUCAAACACCCGAUCUCGUUCUCCCUCAUCUUGACUUUACACUGGGAUAUACUGUUACACGAGGAUAUAUAGCCUUGUAUUGAAGUGGGUGAAUAUUUGCUUAACAAAUAUGGAACAUAGACUGAGUAUAGAAAAAGCCUUAAGGAAACUCUUCUCGCAGGCACCACCCAGCCCAAAUGGUCCGCCAAAAAUGAGCUCACAGUGGUCGGAUCCACAGAGUUAUACCGAUAGUCCGCCCGCACCACCCGUUCGAGUUUCCAGCAGCAACAGUCGCGAAAACCGCUUCGACGUCAUGAAUCCCGGCUCCAAGCCCCUCCCCAACACACCCCCCGAAGAACAGAAGAAAGGAACGAAAUGGAUGAAAAAUAUACUUAAAGGAGGAAAGAGUGAAGAGAAAGGUCAAAGAACAAGACCCGAGAUUUCGCUACCCACAAAGUUUGAGCAUACGGUCCAUGUGGGCUUCGAUAACAUCACAGGAGAGUUCACGGGCAUGCCAGAGAAAUGGGCCCAGCUCCUGUCAACGUCACAGAUCUCCAAGACGGAACAGAAGAACAAUCCCCAGGCUGUGCUCGAUGCCCUCAAGUUCUACGAUGAUUCGACGACGGGCAGCGAUAAAUUCAUGACACAACAUAAAGUUAUACUUGCAAAUACUAAUAAACAAUCAUUUGAAGAUUCAUUCGAGCAACAAGCCUCAAUUACACCGAAACCACCUUUAACACCGAGGCAAGAUGAUGAUGAUUUUGAAGAUGAUGAUGCGGAACCACCUGCAAUCGCCCCACGUCCAGCCCACUCACAAUCAAGAUAUUAUUCAAGAAUAGAACAAACACCGCCCGAGCCCUCACCCCCGAGCCCCGCCCCAGUCCAACCACCCCCGUCCAACGCAACCAACGCCACCACACAAGCACAGCAGGAGCGGAGGGAGAAGAAGAACAAGAAGAAGAUGUCAGAUGAGGAGAUCUUAGAGAAACUCAGAUCUAUUGUCAGUGUUGGAGAUCCUAAGAGGAAGUACACUAAGUUUGAGAAGAUUGGCCAAGGAGCAUCAGGUGUUGUCUACACAGCCAUUGAGGUUGCCACAGGUCAAGAGGUUGCCAUCAAACAGAUGAACCUCCAGCAACAACCGAAGAAGGAACUGAUUAUCAACGAGAUCUUGGUUAUGCGUGAAAACAAACAUCUCAACAUUGUAAACUAUUUGGACAGCUACCUGGUUGCGGAUGAACUAUGGGUUGUUAUGGAGUUCUUGGCUGGAGGUUCACUUACAGAUGUUGUAACGGAAACGUGUAUGGAUGAAGGCCAGAUUGCUAGCGUAUGCAGAGAGUGUUUGCAAGCCUUGCAGUUCUUGCAUCAAAGACAUGUCAUUCAUCGUGACAUCAAGAGUGAUAACAUUCUACUGGGAAUGGAAGGGAACGUCAAAUUGACCGAUUUUGGUUUCUGCGCCCAGAUCACGCCGGAGCAGAGCAAGAGAACGACGAUGGUCGGCACACCCUAUUGGAUGGCUCCGGAGGUCGUGACCCGGAAGCAGUACGGACCAAAGGUCGAUAUCUGGUCACUGGGUAUCAUGGCGAUCGAGAUGAUCGAGGGUGAACCCCCAUAUCUGAAUGAAAAUCCUCUUAGGGCCCUCUACUUAAUUGCCACGAAUGGUACUCCAGACAUCAACAACCCAGAGAGGUUAUCAACAAACUUCCGAAGUUUCCUUGCCAAGUGCCUUGAGACCGAUGUAGACAAGAGAGCAGAUGGGGAGACAUUACUAAAGCAUCCGUUCUUGAGUACAGCAAAGCCCCUCACUUCCCUCAAACCUCUCAUCCUCGCUGCCAAGGAUGCCCAGAAGCAUUAAUCACAGCUCAUCGUUGUUACCAUUGCAACACAAACAUCCAUGUCAUCUUCGCCUCGUCUUCUGAGGAAUUUUUUGGAGCAUGGAGGGAAACCGAUGCAACAAGCAAUCUGGAGCUUUGUCCAGGAUCAUCAGCUUGCAUCCGUGAAAUUGCUCUAUUUUUAAUGAAACUGAAGACAAAUGAUGAUUAUUAUCAUGCUAAUAUGAUGAUUUCCUUUUUUUUUGUAAAUUUUUGAUGUACAAAUCAGAUCAUAUAUUUCAAGGAUGGUGAUUGGUUCGAUAAUUUACACUCGUUUAUCUUUUUUUCUACCUUGUAGAAAAUAUGACUGUACCUUGGUUGUUCAAGGGACUCUUGCACCUUUUAGCCAGUAUAAGCCGACGUAUAUAGCAAAAAGUUUUCUCAUAUAAUUGUAUAUUUGUAUAUUUUCCAUGCAAAGAUCUGCCUUUUGUCAACAACACAAAAUGACUUCUGAAUAACAGUAAUUGAUUUCUUGAUACUUUGUGUUGUUGACAAAAGGAAAUUCUUGAUUUCAAGAAUGGAAUGGUUGAUAUAAAGAAAUAGAAUUAAAUGAGCAAAUGGCUUGUCAUACAUAGGUCGGCAUACUCUGGCUUGCCAUAUGUCGGAUGUGAGGGUCCUUUUAGCUAAUGGCAACUUAAAACUGCUUACAAAGUUAUUGGUAGUCAAAUGAUUUUUUUUUGUAUACUAAAACCGUUAUGGUUUUAGUAUUUUGUAUUGUUCUCCCUAUUCCACAUGAAAAUGACAAAAAGUCUGUAGAUUUUCAUGCCCUUUUCCCUCAUUAAGUCCCUCUGCAUACAAAUUAUCAGAAGCUCUGUAAUUCUGUGGGAUAAUUAAAUCUGAACUACAUAAAAUUUUUAGAUGAAAUAUAUAUUUUUAUACAAAGAAACAAAAAAACGAAUUCCAAUUUCAUUAUUUACAUAAUUAGCACAAAAUCAUUUUUGAAGAUUUGCAAACACAUCAUGAGGUAAUAGUAACAUCAAUAUGCUCUCCUAUAAUCAACUCUUUUAUUGUGUGCAUCAGUGGAAAGACAAAAACGCGACAAGGUCAAGAUAUCCUUAUGAAUUCAUAAGUCAAUUAUUUGCAGACCAUAUGUAGUCGUACAAAUUUAGCAAAAAUAAGUUUUCAAGAGUCGCAAGAUCAUUCAACACAACUCAUGAAUUUGUCAAAUUGGGGCUAAUUCCAGAGAAUUCAAACGCUAGCUGACUUUCAGCCAAUCGGAUGGAAGUAUUUUUUGUUUGCGUUGAUUUUUUUUAGUUGCAAUCAAAUGCAAUUACUUCAGCAAUUGUGUCAAUAUCUUAACAAAGAUCUACAUGUAUUGAUGUUUGGCACAGACCAAAACCUUUCUGAAAUUAAAUAAAUGCUUUUAUUAUGAGUCUUGUGAAGUCCCUCUUUUCUGCCAAUAUGAAAUUAGAAGAAAUAUUGGUCAUGAAAGGCAAUAGGCCAUUAUUUCAUAGGAUUUUUUUUGUGUUCAAGGUGUGACCUAAGUCUUUUUGGCUGUAAGCAAACUAUAAUUUGAUAUAAUAUUGUGUCCACUUUACAUGUGUUGUUUUUACGAUCCCAUUGUGCCUUAAGUAGCUGUAAUUUUUCCCAUUCUCUAGGCUCAGUUUAUUUUUGGGCUACCAAUAUUUCCUAAUAGGGCAGGGUAAAUAUCAACUGAUGUCAAGUAAAAACAUAAAACACAAUUCCAUUAAAUUUCUUAACAUGUCAGUUUGAGUGCUGAGUAGUACAGACCCAGUCGGUAAUAUUUGAGCAUAGAUUGCACUUGAUUUUUACACUCGAGCCAUACCAAUGGAAAUGGUCCAGUGCAUCCAUUGUUCUGCUAUUAUUCUAGACCUGAGUGUAGAUUCGAGUGUAACUACACUCAAAGAUUGCUGACUGCCAGUGUAGUCCCAG